AUGAAGGGUGUCGUGAACGGGGGCUUGGGAGGGAGCGUGCGGCAAUCACCGCCGCCGCCGACGGAUGCGCGGGAGCUGAUACCCAAGGGGGCCAUCGUCUCUCCGCCCGAGUCGGCAACUUCAGGGAGCGACGACGAGGAGCCCAUCGAGAUUCUGGGACGGGAUCGGGACACGCUGAAGAACUUGCGCGAUGCUGUCAGCCAGAUUCCUCUGCCUGCAACAUCACCGGCUCCCUCAAACGAUGGCAAGCAAGAAACGGAGGCUGCUGAAUCUCACGGGGUACGCUUGUGCUUGAGCACGAGCGCCCUCGCUAACCUGCCCAAAGUCGGCCGCAAGCUCGGCCACGUGCGGUCCGCAACAGAGUCUACCAUCACCACCCCCAAAUCCGCCGAUAACUCCGUCAUGGGCUCCGAGGAGGACUCUGAUGAGGACCUGAAGUAUAAGCCGCAGAUGGUCCGGAAAAAGUCUGGAGAGCUUGUACGGCCUGCGCUGCGUGCUUCUCACCGGCGGCCGACGAGCAUGCCCGGAACCCCCAUCUUCUCCAAGGCCGUUCACUUCGACUCACACCUGGAGCACGUACGGCAUUUCCUGCAGGUCGAUCGUCCUCUGGCCGUCAGCGCGGGGUCUUCGCCGGUGGAGAACUACGAGAGUGACGGGGAAUAUCCCUUUCCUGGUAACGGCAAGCAGGGAACUCGCACGCCGCCGUUCGAAUGGGAACUCGUCACAGCCAACUUCCCGCAUGACUCGCACCACCGCAAGGCGAUGCCCGUCAGGCUGGAGAAGGUGUGGCUGUCGAGUGAUCAAAAGUCACUGCUUGGCUCCAUCGCCGUUGCCAACCUGGCCUUCCACAAACAGGUCUCGUGCCGCUUCACGCUCGACUACUGGAAGACAGUGUCCGAGGUCGCCGCCGAGUACAGCCACGAGAUCCGACCUCGGGAAACACCUGUGAGCUACGACCGCUUCACCUUCACCAUCAAGCUCUCAGACAUGGCCAAUCUUGAAUCGAAGACGCUCUUCUUCUGCGUGCGCUACUCGGUAAACGGCCAGGAGUUUUGGGACAACAACAGCUCGACAAACUUCCAGGUCGACUUCAAGAAGAAGCACCUGCCCCAAAACGGUAAGAACAACUUCGGGGGCGCUACGUCUCGCUCUGCCAACGGCCUGCCGCGCAGCAGCAACCGCAGGCAUAAUCCGCCGAGCGCGCUGCGACCCGUGUCAGUGCCCGUGUCUCUGGACGCCUUUGGCAGCGAGCCCAACAAGCUCGCGUUCGAUCAGCCCAUCCACGAGUACCUCGGAGAGUCUGGACCCCUGCGGCUCAAGACCAAGUCGACGGCCAACCUGGCUAGCGACAACAUCGCCACGAACCUCACGUCACCCAGCGGCGUCGCCUUCUCCAACCGAUAUGACUUUGGUGCUUCGCUCAGCGCCGCCAUGCAGGUGGCUAAAGACGCGGCGGCAAAGGACAAGGACGCGCUGUAUAUGAAACGCAACGUCCGCGGCUUCGGAUCCUCGCUGGGCGUUCCCCAACCGGCGGUGGCAGCUGCAUCGCCGAGCUCGAGCAGCGAACACUCCCCGAACGGCUCACUCUCGCCGACCCCGAGCCUCGCUAGCGCGUCGUAUGAGGAGCUCGUCAACAAAUACUGCUUUUUUGGCUCUUCCAAGUCGAGUCCCACCAUCAAGGACGGGACUCUGAAGAACGGAUCAUAUGACGGACCCGCGGGGGACAUCGAGGCAAAGAGCACUCUCGAACCCGUACUUUCCUUCCCUGAUGACGGUAUCGGUACCUGCGCCGACGGCGAUGCAAAAUUUGGUCAAUUUUGGGCCAAGCGAACAUCGCUCUACGUCUGCGACGAGGAGUUCCACCCGGGCCACGCCUUCUGCGCUGGCCUCUGGAGCUGGGACGCCCGCGAGCGACGUGUCUUAUCACAGUACACAGUUGUCGGAUCGUUUCCCCUGGAGUACGGAAUCUCAGUCCGCGACGGCGAUUCGCGGCUAGAAGCUCAGCGAACGAUAGAUCAAGCGUCUGAUCGAUUUGUGAGCCGAGCCACCAUGAACUCGGAUUUUUGA